UUCAUAAUUAAAUAUCAUUAAUAUAGAGGAAACUUUGCUUGAAAGAGUUUCUUGAAGUUUCUAACUGGAAUAAUUUUGCUUAUCUAUAUUGAUUCAUUUUAUCAGGAUGGAUAAAGAUAUCCUGUGGGCCACCAUGAUAGUGGACAGAAAAGCUGAGUUUGACCAACAACAGCAGAAAUGCAGAACGCGUGCACGGAAGCUGGGAAUUUUGAUUAUGGAUGACACUAAAGAUGGAAGAGAUCUGAGCAAUGAAUCACUAAAUCCGAAUUUUGCAAAUAUUCAGGUGGAGGAGCGGGUGAGGAAGACCUCGUCUGAUCUUAGGCAUGAGAUAGUGGAGCUAGGUGGUGCUGAAAAUAUUACUGAGCUCCGUUUGAGGAAAAAGAUGAAGAAUAAAGCAGCAAAAUUGAGUAACCUAACCAAUAUUCAUGUGGGUCCUCUGGAUUGUGAAAACUUCUUAAAGGCAGCCACAAAUGGAAACCUCAAAGUGGUGGAUAAAUUCUUAGAAGAUGGAGGAGACCCAAACACUGCUGAUGAGUUCAGAAAAUCAGGACUUCAUAGGGCUGCCUUUGAGGGUCACGUUAAAAUUGUGGAGAGAUUACUGGAUAAGGGAGCAAGCAUCGACUUCCAAGACCGGUUGGCAUGUACGGCUGUGCACUGGGCCUGCAGGGGUGGAAGUCUAGCUGCUCUUAAACUCUUGCAGAGCAGAGGAGCUGAUUUAAAUGUCAAAGAUAAACUUCUGAGCACGCCAUUACAUGUGGCUACCAGAACAGGCCACUGGGAAGUUGUGGAGCAUCUUGUGUCCAGUGGUGUCCGGAUUAAUGCCAAAGAUUGGGAAGGUGAUACUGCGUUGCAUGAUGCUGUGAGACUGAACCGAUACAAAAUAGUCAAGUCGCUAAUAUUGGCAGGAGCGGACAUGAAGAUUAAGAAUGCUGAGGGUGUUACAGCAACGGAGCAGGUGAAGAUGUGGCAGUGUGACACUAAGGAGAUGCUGGAGAAACUGGAGCAAAUGAAAUAG